AAAAUAAAAUGGAACGUCCGAUUACAUAUUGGAAAUGUAAUAAGUCCGGACAGUUGUUGUUUUUAUAAUUCUAUUAUUGUCAAUGAUUGUAAUAAAGUACUAGUGUUAAUUAUUGAAAUUAACAAUUAAAAUAUGAUUUCAUAUUUAAGUAUUCAAAAAUCAGAAGGAAUCAGAGUCACAAAAUACUGGAAUUGUUUCUAGCAUUAGUAUAGAAUUUUCGAGUACUAAUCUAUUAUUAAACAAUCUCAAAUUUUAUUUUUUUUUUACAAUAUUUAGACUGUUAAACGGUGUUACAAUUUUUUAAAUAUAAUAUUACCAUAGUUUAAACGAUAUUUAACAAUGGACGUUGAAAGAUUAGCUGUUUUUGCGGGUGUUGGUGUUGCAUUAGCUGUUGGAGCAUUUGUACUUUGGGGACCGGCACCGCGACCUCGAAAACGAGGAAGAGUUAAUGGAAUCUCAAACUUAGGCUACACAUGUUUCCUAAAUUCUUUGCUUCAAGCGCUGGCAGCUUGUACAACAUUUACUAUUUGGCUCAAGGAGCAAGGCAAAAAGAAAAAAUCUAGUAGUUUUAUAAGUAAUUUGAUUGCAGUAAUAGACAGAAUUAAUGGAUAUUCAGAAGAUUUAUAUGACGAUGUAGCACCUAUUGAGGUCAUUACGUCUCUUGGAUCCCUUUGGAAUUUUGAUCCAGGUCAUCAAGAUGCUCAUGAAUUAUUCCACGUGAUUUUAAGUGCUUUACAAAAUGAAAUUCAAACACCGAAUAGGAAAGGAUGUUUGUCUGAUGCUUUGCCAAUAAAUCGAGGUCCAGAAAUAGCACCAGAUGUAAAAGGAUCUGGAGAUUCUUUAGCUUUAAGGAGUGUAUCUUGCAAUGAUAUAGCUCAAGCAGAAGUUUCUACUACUAUAAAUAAUUUGGAUAAAAAUUCCAAUCAUCCUUUAAAUUCAUCAACAAAGUCAAUUUCACACUUUUCUAUAUGUAAUAAACCUGGAAUAAUUCUCGCGCGAUCAUCAGAAAUUCUUUGUCGAGCCUUAGCUGAACCAAUUGACGAACAAAGUCCUUCAAGAACUUGGAGUUCUCUUUGUACGAUCCCUCAACAAAGCAGUUGCGUCCUGUCUAAUGAAACUCAUCCAUUUUCUGGAUUGUUAACGAGUCAGUUGAAAUGUACAAACUGCAAUUGGAAGUCUGCCGUUCGGUAUGAUAAAUUGGAGACCAUUUCUUUACCUCUUCCUCCUGCUGGUGAAGCCUUAACAUGGCGUCGACAUACAUUAGCUGAAUUAUUUUCUCGAUUUGUCACUAGUGAAGUCAUACAGAAUGUCGAGUGUAAUGGUUGUUCAACUCGAUGUUCAGCUAUGAAAACUUUAACUUUAGGAAAAUUGCCAAGAUGUUUGUGUCUUCACAUUCCAAGAACAACUUGGAGUAAUUCAGGAAUACCCAUUAAACGAGAUGACCCUGUUAUAUUUCCCGAAUAUUUCGUUCUUGAUCCUUUUACUUUUACUGAAUUCAAAAAACGAAAUGCUCAGACUACAUUACCCAUGAUGCUUAUUGCAAAUCAGACACCAAACCAAGGAAAACAUCGAUAUAAACUUCAAGCUGUUGUUGAACACCGUGGACCAGUCGAUGCAGGACAUUUUGUAUGCUAUAGACGAGGGAACCGUGCUGGUCAAUGGCUAUAUACUUCAGAUACUAUUGUUGAAAACACAGAAUUAACAGAUGUUCUUUGUGCCAGCCCUUAUCUAUUAUUUUAUGAAAAAAUAACUGGAUAGAUUCAGUCGAUAACUGAAAAAUACUAAAAGUUAGAAUGUAGAUACGUUAAUAUAUGCGAUGCGUAUCACGUUUUUUAAAACAUAAAUUAUUACGAGACUGAUAAAUUCAUGAACUCAUAAAUUAAAAAUUUGAUUGCUUAAAUGCCAUUUAGCUCUAAUGGUAUAAUACUAAUACAAUCAUUAUAUCACAUCAUAACCCUAGAAAAGCAAUUCAUGGUAAGAGAAAUUUCUAGACGUAAAAAUUUCAAUUUGUUUGUGCCAAAUAAGCUCUUUUUAUAUUGAAUUAUUGUAAAGGUCUUUAAACACAAACAAGAUUGAUGACUGUUUAUUUGUAUAUACUUUGUAGAGAUUUUUGUGUUUAUUUGAUUAUAUUUGAUGAUAAAAUAGUUUGAGUGAUUAUUUUAAUCACAUUUUUUGAUAUAUGUAUUUACAUUUACAUUUGGAAUCAAGGAAAUGAUUUCAGUCGAGCUUACCUAUUAUUAUCGGUCACUGAGAGCUUAAUCGAUGUUUUAGAUUACUCUAAUUAUUAGACAAAAUCUAGUGACUAAUCCACUGAACAAAUAAAUAGUUGACUUGUUAUUUACAAAGUUAGAAAAUUUAUUUAAUUAGUUGUAAAAUUGUGAUAACAAUUUACUAAUAGUAAACUUUAGUUACUAUCUUUUUAGCUUUCUACUCCUAGUAAUUAGUGAUAUAUUCUUAGUGAAUAUUAAUUCCAAUGGUCACUAUUCUUAUUGAUUAUCAUUAAACGAGUUUAUUAAUCAUUCAAUAAAAUGAUUAAUGCUCUUUUUGUAUAUUGAUAUUUUUUAUUAUUAGUUUAAUAGAUAAAGAAUUAGAUUAAGUCCAAAUAGACUAUUAUACACUACAGCGCAAAACUAUGCCAUUUGCUUACAUAAUGAAUGAUAAUUGAUCGUAUCAUAACAUAUUAGGGAUUUAAAGUAAAUCAAGUUUGUAGAAAUCGUAGAUUCAAAUAAAAAAUAGUAAUAAAUAAAAAGAUAAAGAUAGAAUGAA